GGAUAUGAAGAGCAAGACGCCAAACUAUUCGUGUCAUUUGGAGCUGACAUGGUGAAGAUCGAUGCUUGCGGCUCUACUACGGAGCAACAUGAACCCACAAUGGCCAAGUGGGCGCGUCUUUUCAACGAGAGCGGUCGUCCCGUACUCGUUUCCAACUGCCAUAACGGAUGCCAAACCAACGCGUGGUUUGACUGGUGUCCACAGAGUGCUAACAUGUGGAGGUCGAGUAGUGACAUCAACGACAGCUGGAAGAGUAUUAUGAGCAACCUGCAUACGCUGGUGGAGCGUGGUGCGUACGGUGGGCCAGGGAGAUGGAACGAUCCCGAUUUCUUGGAAGUUGGCAACUCCGGCUUGAGUCACGAUGAGGCGGUGGCACAUUUCAGUCUGUGGUGUGUCACGUCUUCCCCGCUAAUCGCUGGAAACGACCUAACCAGCAUGGAUGCCGCAACACUGGCUAUAUACACGAACAAGGUGGCUAUCUCCGUCAACCAGCGGUAUCUGAACUCAUCUGGUGAUCGGGUCAUGGUCAACGGCACACUGGAGGUAUGGGCCAAACCAUUGCCGGAUAAUGAGUACGGCGUGGUGCUGCUGAAUGCUGGAGACGAAACAGAGUCGAUUACGUUCCCACUAUCCAAGCUGGGCAUAGCAUCGCGCACCACCUGCCAGCAGUACGACAUCUGGACGCAGGCAAGCGGCCCUGUGCCUGAUGGCAUAUUGAACAGUGGUCCUCUCGCCAAGCAUUCGGCUAAGUUCUACGUGAUAUCCAAGUGUUAAUCCUCGGCGUUCCUGCUGCAUGAUCCCUGCUCUGUCUGUCACAUAGGUGCAUGAUCCCUGCUCUGUCUGUCACAUAGGUGCAUGAUCCCUGCUCUGUCUGUCACAUAGGUGCCUCACAAAAACACACUGUACUCUUAGCCUAGAACAUGUUGCAGUGGUAUAUCUUACUCACUACUAUGUUUCUACGAUGAGUGAAGGACCUUCUUUCAGACAUUUCUUGUCGCAUUUCAGUUUUUCUACUGAAGUAUUUCUGCACAGUGAAAGUUUUGAUGAGAGAGAUAGAAAGGGCGAAGAUCGAAUAUUUUAGGCGCUAUCACAGAUCCAUUACUAGUAUCUUUGUUCCAAUUCAAGGUAUCAUAUUUUCACGUACAUGCAUUACUAUUGGAUGGGAAAUCAUGAUGGGAAAUCAUGAUUGUAAAUCGCAACUAUAAGAGUGUGUGUGUCCUUUUUAUGAGUAUUAUCGCAUUUUUGUCUCAGAGGAAACUGUUUACUUAUAAGGGUGUCUUGGCAAUUUUGUUUCCAGAGGACGACGGUACACCGAGCCUUAUGGUGCCAAGACAAGAACAAGACGUUACAGU